CCUGUUCCUCAAGACGGUGGCCGACUACAUUGCCGCUGCCGUCUGUCAGAUAUUUCAUCACUCCCUGGAAGCUGGACGACUCCUGAUUGCUUGGAAAUUGGGGACCGUUAAACCUAUAUACAAGGGUGGUGAUCGUCAAGAUCCUGCAAGCUAUCGACCUAUCUGUCUAACGUCCGUACUAUGCAAAUUAAUGAAUAGGAUUCUCAAGCGCGACCUGCAGCUUCACUUCGAAAACGUAAAUAUCAUCUCUUGUGCUCAGCAUGGCUUUCGGCGGGUACACUCAUGUACCUCGAACCUACUUUUUGCUAAGGAGAACUGGGUGAGGUCGUUAGAUGCUGGGAAACGCCUGGAUGUGAUUUUUGUAGACCUCAGCAAGACGUUUGACAAGGUCUUUUAUGAAAGGCUCCUCCUUAAACUCUGUGGUACCGGUGUCUCUGGGAAUGUCCUUUCUUGGAUCGCUGAUUUUUUGGAUGGCCGGACCAUGCGAGUCAAGGUGAAUGAAGCCUACUCCGCUCAUGUGCUCAUGACUAGCGGUGUUCCCCAAGGAUCGGUACUUAGUCCUGAACUGUUCAAAAUAUUCAUCAAUGACUUCCCAUCGGAGCUUCAGAUGGAUUGUCUGAUUUACGCCGAUGACAUGAAGCUGUGGAUGGAGGUAUCCUGUCUCGAGGAUGGUGACAGAUUGCAGGCAUCAUUGGACAUGCUACAUGACCGGUCAGUCAACUGUCAAUUGCCCAUAAAUCAUGAAAAAUGCUCAGUUCUCCCCAUAGGCUCCCCUGAACCGUUCAGGAUAUACCAUAUUGGUGGGGUUUUACUCAAAACCACCAUUCUUGUGAAAGAUCUUGAUGUGCUUGUCUCACAUAAUUUACGAACCACAGAAGACACACUACGGAGGGUUGUCGCUGCCAACAAGAUGUCCCAUGCCAUACGGAAGGCCUUGUGGCGACUGACUGCGGAAAUCUUCGGAAUCCUGUUUACUUUCCAUGUGCGCCCGAUCCUUGAAUACAGAAUACCCGCCACCUGUCCUCUUACCAAUUUCGAGUGUGACAUGAUUGAGUAGGUCCAGCGGCGUGCUUCGAAAUCCAUACUGGAGUUAAGGGACUUGCCUUAUCCUCUCCGACUACAGCGGAUGCACCUGUUCACCCUGGAAUAUCGUCGGAGUAGAGGUGAUCUGAUUAUUACUAGGAGAAUUAUGAGGGGAAAAUGUGGAUGGAGCUACAAGCGUUCUUUCAAGUCAACACUAAUAGUUCCACUCGGGAGCACAACUGUAAACUAUUUAAACCCAGAGGACUCAGAGUUAGGUCAGGUCAGGUCAGGUCAGAUGGACGAUAGAGGCUUCCGCCUAACGAGCGUCCAGUUCUUGUGCCGAUAAGUGAAGCGGCCCCCGGCACUUCGAUGUUGGAUUGUCUCUUCUUGCUUCUGCAAUGGAAUGAAGCAAGAACAAGAGCAAUCUCUGCAUUUUCAUAUGCCAGCAUCAAAAUACACUAUAUAUACCAGUACAACUACAAUAGCUCUGGAAAAAGGAUGGACCAACAAUUGUCUAAGCCCCUUUUGAAGGCUACUACGGUCUCAGACUCCACUGAAUCAGAAGGAAGUUUAUUCCAGUAGUUAACUACUCGGUUCGUAAAAAACUUUGCCGCUCCACUCUCGCUCUAUCAACCCGCAUUGUAAAUGACUGGAACGGCUUGCCAAAACAUGUUGUCGACGCGCAGACUGAGGAAUCUUUCAAGCGAUUUCCGGAUUCUCACUUGAUGAGUAAGCUGGGACCUUGCUUCUUGCAAUGUAGCUGUUACGGCCACUUGUGGAAUACCGUGUCGUAGCGACUCACGGCAUCCACUCAAUGAUCGGGAAGUGAAUGAGCUGACAAAGGACUUUUCUUCUGCUCUCUACAAUCCAAUGAACAGUCGCGCAUGGACUGAGUGUACUACGUGGAUGCCCACCUCUACGCAGAAACGAACCGGUGAUGUGGUUGCAAACGAGUCGCGCAGACCACUCGGCCACCAGCCGAUAGUAGAUCUUGGCAGUCACUGAUUGGCUAUGGUGUUAUGCGGUUUUCGUUUUAGAUUCAUCAAAAUCUCAAAUUGUCCUCUUAAUUCUUUGUUAAAUGAUAAGCUGGAGAAAGAACGUUGAUUUAGCUUUUUAUUGUUCUGGUCCCAGUUGAAGUUGAACCUGAAGAUGCCUUCCUCCUUUUGCUGCUGGAGUUACACUGUCAACAUUACCACUGGCGCUUCUCGACCUACCCAAUGCGCGCGUUUGCAACAUUGAACCUAUUGUCUCAUUUUACCACUCGCGCGCACAACAUGAUGAACUACCGCUCCGCCUUGGAACUUUCAAACAAGAAUGACAGUAACGAAGCUUUAACGCCUUUGAUGUAUGCGAAUUAAAAUGCACCGGUACACUCGCAACCCUUUCAUCCGAGCUUCUAUCUCACACAAUAUGGCAACCUGUUCCCCUACUUGGCGGUUUAUCUGCCUUCUCAUAGUUCCCCCGACCCGUUUACAAGUCGGUUCAGUUGUGGUGCAGUGUCUACACAGCGAUGGGCUGUGCGGCAGAUUCGGCCAUGCAUACCAAUUGAGACUGCUGGAUAUCUAACUAAAGGUGGCUGUUUGAAUUAUGUUCGAUGCUCAGUUAUCUGCGGAGUAGUGGCUGAUCGUGACGCUUCGAAAGGAGAACCGUUAGGCAGCUGUCUUGCCGACGACACCUUAUCAUUACACGAUAGCCAGCUGUUUGUGACUGUUAUUGGCAAUUUUUAGGUGCAUUAACACUGAAUGUUUGUUCAAGACAUUUAGUUUCUCUAAUAGGCUCUCAUUCUUCUCUUAUUAUUCUUCAUUAUCUGGAGCAUUGUGGGUGUACGGCAGCCAAGCAUUAGUUCCACUUACCGAAUUACCCUCAUUGUUCCUGUUACCUGAUUUCGACUACGGUUUCCUGGCAACGUUUCCCUGAUUGUUGUCAGGCAUCACCUAAGGAUAGUCAUAUGAUCAACUUCGACCGGCCGAAUCACGGCCUUAAUGUUUUCAUACGAUUUUUAUCCUACCCGCUGCAAUAUUAUGUGAACGGACUGUCAGAAUAGGACACGAUACUUUCAUAUAUGUCUCGAUCUGCGCUUCGUUUUACAAAAAACCUACGGGAUAUCUAUCUCUUUUCAUCUGGCAGUAUUUUUCUAGUACUUUUUAUUGCAGUUAUCAUGUUAUUCGCGGAGUACGUCGACACAAAGAGCGCGCUUACAUUGACAGUGCAACUUUCGAAAGACUAUGGUGACUGCGGUGUUACUAUUAAUCAGGAUUCGGUAGCGUUACGCACCUCCCUUGGCGCAUACCGUGUGGAAUUUUCUGGACUCUCUAUAGCUUGCGUUACUUGCCGCAAUUUGGAAGCACUUUCCGAAGAAAUCAUGUGUUGUACCUUUGACGCAACAAAAAAGCAGAGCGCGCAUGAGCCAUGCAAAAUUCUAAGCACAGUCGAACGGUUACUUGUCGAUGGUGAGGCUUUACUUUGCAAAUUCUGUCAGAAUGACGUGGCGAAAAUUAAACAUGUCAAAAAUUUCAAACUUCAACCACCAGCGUUUUCCCUCGAGGAAAACUGUUUCGCAUCAGAGGAAAGCCAAUUCUGCCAUCCUGACAAUUCCGAAGAACAAGAGACGCACUGCAUUGACCUUCAACUUAUUGAAGCAUUUCCUGAUCCUACUUCACUGAGUCGCUCCAAUGGCCUGCAUUCAGGGGUAGAAGUCCUUCUCAGUUCUGAACUGAUAGAACUCGAAAGCUUUAAAGAGCAGUCUGGUAAAUACCUCCACUGUUCUAGGUGCUUAAUUGCACUGGGACGAAAACUCACAAUCGGAUCAUCGGAUCAGUAUGUGCUAUGGGCCAAUUGUCUCGAUGUACUCACAGAAGAGCUGGAUGUGGACGGAGCGUUUUUGCGCCACAUCGAGAAGCCACUGUUGAAUGAAAUGGACUUUUACGCGAUGUUCAUCGCCAGUCUCGUCGAGAACCAAUGCUACCGAGUUAUUAUCUCAGCCAUCACAUGGCACGGAUGUGUAGAUUUUAUGCUACUUGUAAAACCACUCCAGCUUUACUCGUACCGCUGCACCGUACAAUCCACUGUUCAACAUGGUCGUCAAUGUUCCUGCUCUUGCAAUCAUGUUUAUCUCAGUGCUCGUAUCAACGGGAUACUAGUGGUUCGUCCAUAUACCCCAAUAUCCCUUGAUGAACAGAAGGGUUAUGUCGAUUUUGUUAUUAAGGUCUACAAAUCCAACACUCAUCCCAAUUUUCCGAAUGGUGGGAAAAUGUCACAAUACUUGAUGAGCCUCCCCUUAAAUCAGUACGUGGAUGUUCGCGGCCCCGCUGGAAAUUUGCAUUACAAAGGAAAUGGGUUGUUUGCAAUCAAACCUGACGCCGCCAGCCCCCCACGAAAUUACCAAGUCACUUACGUCAGUAUGGUUUGCGGUGGGUCCGGAAUCACCCCAAUGUUUCAACUGCUUCGCUACAUUCUGACCAGGAAAAACGACAAAACUAAGUUAGCAUUAGUGUUUGCCAACAACACCGACAAGGACAUCAUCUUGCGUGAUGAACUCGAAGAUCUCCAGUCAAAGCAUCCACAGCGAUUCCGUGUGUGGUACACGAUCACUGAGGCACCUGAGAACUGGACCUAUAGCACCGGCUAUAUAUCUGAGCAGAUUCUGUCGGAGCAUAUCUAUCCACCUGGUGAUGACUCCCUGGUGCUUUUGUGUGGUCCAACACCCAUGGUUGAAUUUGCCUGUUAUCCAAGCCUGGCCAAGCUGAGUUAUCCCCGUGAUAGAAUUUUCGCCUAUUGA